AUGGGUGAUUUGUCAGCCCAAGCGUUUCCAGUGAACACCCCCAAGUUUUGGGGCAACGAAAAGGAUCUGCUGGCAAAAUGCAUUGAAACUGGCUGGAUCUCCUCUGAAGGUCCUUCUGUGAAGGAUUUCGAGAGCAAGUUGUCAGCGAGAUGUCAAAGGAGGCAUGGCAUUGCCUGUGCAAAUGGCACGGCCGCUUUGGACAUAGCAGUGCAGGCCCUUGGGCUCGGGCAAGGAGACGAGGCGAGGGCACUGCACUUGUCGCGUAAAACGCAAGUGCAGGAGACCAAGCAGCUUAAGAUCAAUCCCAAAUCAACGCCAUUAGGAUUCAAGUGUUCACAAGUUGUGUGA